CGUUUUUUUCCCGCCUCCGCCUGGGCAGAGCGGCUGGCUGGGUGACAGUUGAGCAUGGCCGGAGCUGAGGGCCCCGCUGGGCGGCAGUCGGAGCUGGAGCCCGUAGUAUCGUUGGUCGACGUGCUUGAGGAGGACGAGGAGCUGGAGAAAGAGGCGUGCGCUGUACUGGGCGGCAGCGACUCCGAGAAGUGCUCCUACUCGCAGGGCUCGGUAAAGAGACAGGCAUUAUAUGCCUGUAGUACCUGCACCCCAGAGGGAGAAGAACCAGCAGGAAUUUGCCUCGCUUGCAGCUACGACUGUCAUGGAAGUCACAAACUAUUUGAGUUAUACACAAAAAGAAACUUUUGUUGUGAUUGUGGAAACAGCAAGUUUAAAAAUUUGGAAUGCAAAUUAUUUCCUGACAAAGCAAAGAUAAAUUCUACCAAUAAAUACAAUGACAACUUUUUUGGAUUGUACUGUAUUUGCAAAAGACCUUAUCCUGAUCCUGAAGAUGAGGUUCCGGAUGUGAUGAUCCAAUGUGUAGUCUGUGAAGACUGGUUCCAUGGAAGGCAUCUUGGUGCCACUCCCCCCGAGAGUGGGGAUUUCCAAGAGAUGGUAUGCCAGGCUUGUAUGAAACACUGCUCUUUCCUGUGGGCUUACGCCGCACAAUUGGCAGUAACCAAAGUACCUGCUGAGGAUGAUGGGUUGGUACUGAAUGUCGGUGGAAUACGUGAUCAGGAAGUUAUCAAACCUGAAAAUGGAGAUCAUCAAGAUAGUACCCUCAAAGAGGAUGUUCCAGAACAUGGAAAGGAAGUUAAAGCAGAGCAGACUAAUGAACCGUGUACCAGCUCUAGUUCUGAAUCUGAUCUCCAGACAGCACUUAAGAAUCAACAUAUCAACACAGAAUCACAGUCUGGCUGCAAACUUCAGGAGCUUAAAACUAAGCAGUUUAUCAAGAAAGACACUGCCACCUACUGGCCCCUGAACUGGCGCAGCAAGUUAUGUACCUGCAAAGACUGUAUGAAAAUGUAUGGCGAUCUAGAUGUCCUGUUCCUGACAGAUGAAUGUGACACAGUUCUGGCUUAUGAAAACAAGGGCAAAGUUGACCAGGCAGCAGACAGGAGAGACCCUCUAAUGGACACCCUUAGCAGCAUGAACAGAGUCCAGCAAGUGGAACUUAUUUGUGAAUACAAUGACUUGAAGACUGAACUCAAAGACUAUCUCAAGAGAUUUGCUGAUGAAGGCACGGUUGUGAAGAGAGAGGACAUCCAACAGUUCUUUGAAGAAUUUCAGUCAAAAAAGAGAAGAAGAGUGGAUGGAAUGCAGUAUUAUUGCAGCUAGAGUGGAGUAAGGCGCCUUCUCCUCAUCCCAGCCAAUGAAAAUGCCACUUACUGUGCCAGGAAUAAAAGAGGCUGUUUCACAUUUGGUCCUCUUUCUGUCCUCUCUUUGGAGAGGCCUCCUCCUCCAGCCUCGAGCUUCCUUUGCUCUCCUUAACUGCGGUGUCACCGUGUUAAUGCGGACUUCGCAACCAGCGUUCUUCUGACUCAGCGAAGCGCAGCUCAAUUCCACAGACUUCAGCUCCCCACACCCCAUCCCAAUCUUCUCUGGGUUGUUUGCCUAUAAGUUUUUAGGAGUUUGAUUUGGUUUCGAGAAAGUAAAUAAUUUCUAAUGGCUUGUCUUUAACUGCAGAAUGUGUCUACUCCACCACGGGGCUGUUGUCUUCCAGGACCUGCUCUGUGGGGCAUCCCAGAAGUUCUCUUCCUGUCAGCCACAGCCUCUGUAGGCCCCUCUCCCCCAUGAUCACGGUGCCUUGGGUCAGAGCUUCCUCAGGCCUGGUCUGCUCUUUCUUCCACAUCCCUGCUGUCUGAAGUUUGGUCACGGCUUAGGAAAGAUCUCAGAACUGGUUUCCUUGGAGCCCAACCUCCAGGUAGCCAAGACUGAUGUUUUUCUGGCCUGGCCGUCGUCAUAGGCAGGGAGAUUGGCUGAUGGCAGGACUGAGGAAGCCAACCUUUGUUACGAAUUUUACUAAUAAAUUUAAAGUGAAAAUUUUGUUCACAAUUCUACUGGCACUAGAAUAUUAUAAUUCAGUACUGUAGCACUCAUAGGGCUUCCUGGAGAAAGUUUGCCAGUAUACUAGUCCCUCCUCUGCUGCCUCGAAAACAGACCGGGUACUACCCUGUGAAGUCUUGGUGGUUUACAAAGUCCUCUGGAUUUCUUUAUAUAAUCAGGGAUAUUCAUAAGCAUAUAUUAAAAAUGGACCUAUUUUGAUAUUGUUCUGUUAUAAAAAUGUUUUUGGAACCCCAGUAAAUUAUUUUUUCUCCUUAAAUCUGCUGAAGAAAGAAAGAUACUGUUUAGCUUAUUUGUAGCGAGCAAAACAGUGUGUGCCCUGUUUUGGAAGAGGCAGACUAUGGAAGACGUACCGAACAAGGCCCUAGGCUGGGGGAAUGAUGAGCUUUAUGUAGAUAGACGUCAAGAUGCACAGCUGGUUCCCUAACGACUGAGAUCUGAGAAUCUCACAGAAUGUUUAUAAAACCCCAUAUUUGAGGGUAAGUCCUUUUCAGUUGGUAUGAAAUCUCUUUAAAGCCUCUCUGUCUAUGUGGAAAAUGCCUUUUGGUCAACAGAGCCCUUCGCUGAUCUCUCCCUCCAGAGGAAAGUGGUCUUCCCUGACAAUAGAUGGCACACUUUGAGGUUUGUGACUCUAGCAUUUGAAGCUUUGAGGCCACACACAUAUAUUGCUAGUAGUUUGUGUGUCCAGCAGUCAUGUAUGUGAGUCCCUACCGACCCCUGGAUGGGAUAAACUAGGCCUGUGGGAGGUUGAGGCCUCAAAAAUAGUCCAACCCAUGUUUCUCUGCAUUAGGCCUCCUGGUUAUAGAUCUUGUGAAGAGUGGUGGGAAGUGGGAAGGUCUUAUGGCCACAGGAGAUGCCUGUGUGCCCUGAGCUAGCCUUGUAGGAAAGGAUAAAAAGGUUAGGUUGAAAAGCUCAGGGUGUCUUUGAGAUUGUUUACAAUCCCCAGCUUGGGAACUUUUUCAAGUCUGAGGAUUUUGAACCCGUUCCGCAAGGUUGCACUAGAGGUGUGCCGCUGUGGCCUGACAGUUUAUAUCUCCUCAAAUGUUUGAUUUAACUACCAGAAAGUUCCUUCCUUCUUAUGACAGGACAGGACCAAGCCUCGGAGGCGGUGCAUUCUCGUGCAGUGUACUCCUUGAGAUCACCCUGUGCUGGAGGGCUGGUUUUAUGAAAGGCACUGUUCCUUCUUUUAAAUUAACCAGAAGACCUCUUUUUUUUUACCUGUUGUUCACAACUAGUUUUCUUAUUUACUGUAUUGGACUGUCUCUUCUUGUAGAGACUGAUUUUGGCCAACAUGUGGCAGUUGAUACAAAUGCAUGUUUUAUGCAAAACAAGAAUAUAUCAGUUGCUUUUAAGGAAUUCUGGCAUUGUAUGUGCAUUUUUGUAGAAUUGUUACUGGACUUAUAAUUUACUUAACACCAAUCAGGUUUCUGUAAAAUUUAAAUAAAAUCAAUUAAAAAUAGUGGCU